UUAUUAUGAGUUUCUUUCAUCAUCAAGAUAAAAACAAGACAAACCCUACUGAUAAACAAGAAGACAAACCAAAAGAACCUCAUCAUCAUCAUCAUUUUUUCCAACAUGAUAAGAAUCAGCAAGAUCUUCCUAAAGGUUUUGCCAAUGAUGCCAUGAGAUCAAGCAAGUCACCUGACACACUUUAUAAUUUUGAUGAUCCCAUGGCUAGACGAUUGGGUCCUGUGCCUAGUUCUGAUCCCACCAAUACAGGUGCUUGAUCAAAUA